CAUCCCUUUCUCCAGCUCCACAAUCUUUAUACAAUUUGCUUACACAAAAUAAUCCAGAUUCAGAUGAACCUUUUGUAACUUAUAUCAGAGCAUACAAUCAGGUUCUUGCAUUCACAUCUUUAGGUGUAAACCUUGACAAGGAGCUUGCAAAUGCUAAAAAAGGAGUUUACACAUUUAGGAUUCAAGGAGCAUUAUAUCAUCAGAUUGGUG